AUGAAAUAUUUACAAUCCCCCCAGCCAAUGAUAUUUAAAAAGGGCAAUAUAGAGUUCAUUCUGGAAUCCCUAGAGACGAAUUGUGAUCAGGAUUAUGUGGAGUACUUCCGAAAGGUGCCCAACACAAAGCUUCUGUAUACCUUUCGAGUGGUUAAACUGGCACCUGCUUUCACCAUAGAAAUCACGGUGAAAGUGCUGAAAACCCAAAGAAUUUUUUACAAGAUGGAAAAUAUUAUGGGCUGCGAUUUUCUAAACAAUCCAGUGCUUUUCAAGGUGUUUGGCGAGACCUACAAGCACCUGGUGGUCAAUGGCAGUUACUUUAAGUGCCCCAUCAAGCCGAAGGUAUACUACCUGAAGAACGAGGGUUCGGUGUCCCUGAUACCCAGUGUUCAUCCACCUGGCCGCUUUCAGCUCUCGAUGCGUGUGAAAAUGGCGGAAAGCCGACAUCCGUUCGUUAUGGAAAUGUUGUGGAAGUAUAAAAUUGUGCGCAUCAAAUAA